AUGGUGACAAUUGUCUUGCCAUUUGUCAUUUUGUUUUUGAAUUAUUUCAUUCCUAGUGGAUUGAUGUGGUUGGUAGAGUGGUGCGACUUUGAUUUUCUGAGGAAAUAUAAGAUUCAACCAAAAAGGAAAAAUAGUGGAAUGAAAAUUGUUAAGGCAACAUUCUAUUUGUUAUUUAUUUACUUUUUGGUGAUUCUUCCAAUGUAUGCAGUUGCUUUUCACUUUCUUACUCAAAUUGACUACUUUAGUCUCGAAGUUUCGAAUAUCCCAAAUUGGAAAGUUCUUCUCCUUCAAUUAGCUUUCUGUUUCUUCAUGGAAGACACAGCUCACUACUGGUUCCAUAGGUGGCUUCACACACCAUGGGCCUACCACGUCAUCCACAAAAUCCAUCACGAAUUCGAAUCUCCAACUAUACUUUCCACUAGUUUCGCCCAUCCCUUAGAAAUUUUAAUACUUGGAUUCGCCACCUUUCUAGGACCUCUUCUCCUCCGUCCACACUUCCUUACUCUCUUAAUCUUUGUCAACCUUAGACAAUUGGCAGCUUGUGAAACUCAUUCGGGCUUUGAUUUCCCAUUUUCUCCGAAUAAUUUGGCGCCAAACUUAAUUGGAGGUGCUGAUUUUCAUGAUUUUCAUCAUCGUAGAUGUAGUGGAGUAUUUUCAUCGAAUUUCAUGUGGUGGGAUAUUUGGUGUGGAACUUGUGGUGGAUUCUUUGAGUGGAAACUCAAACAACAAAAGAAGAAACUAGCAGAAUCGAAUAAAAUUCAUCAAGAAUAA